GGUGAACCACACACACACACACACACACACACACACACACACACACACACACACACACACACAGUGUGAGAGCGAGAGCAGCCGCUCAUCAGCAGAAGCACAGACUGCAGCAGACGGAGGAUCAUCAGAACGAACAGAGGGUUGAUCGUCGGAUCUGCUGCCAUGAGUCCUCAUGCCUGGAUCUUCUGCGCUCUCCUCUGCGUCCUCACCUGUGAACGGAGCAGGAGCGCGUCCAGAGGGCCCGUCCAGAGCCGAAAGAGGAGAUUCGUAGAUGACACAGACGAUGAGGCCCCGAAAAAGUGCUCUUACACCUUCUUGGUCCCGGAGCAGAAGAUCACAGGGCCGAUCUGUGCCAGUCAGGGCCCGUCUCUGCCCGACAAAGAGCGCGUGACGCAGACGGACGUAGCUGAUGUCCGCGAGAUCCUGACAAAGCAGAGACGUGAAAUGGACACGCUCCGGUUGAUCGUGGACGUGGAUGGAAACAUGGUCAACGAAAUGAAACUUUUGCGUAAAGAGUCGCGCAACAUGAACUCCCGCGUCACCCAGCUGUACAUGCAGCUGCUGCACGAAAUCAUCCGCAAGCGGGAUAACUCUCUGGAGCUGGCGCAGCUGGAGGGACGGAUCCUGAACGGCACGGCUGAGGCGCUGCGGCUGUCCGGCCUGUACCGUGAGCUGGAGCUGCGCUUCUCCGCGCUGGCCGCGCUGGUCAACAACCAGUCGCUGUUGAUCGCCGCUCUGGAGGACCGAUGCCUGCAGGUGUACGGGAACCACAGACGGGAGCCGCUGCCUCCACCUCUUGUGCAGGUGGUGCCGGAGAACAUCCCGGUGUACGUGCCUCGCUUCUCCAAUGAGAUCCAGAGGAGCCCCGGCUGGCCCAUUUCAGAGGACAGGAGUCCCAGGCCAACUCAUCCGGCCAACGUCAGUCUGGAGGGUCCCUUCCGGGACUGUUUACAGGUGAUGCAGGCUGGACACGGCACCAGCGGGACGUAUCUGCUGAAGCCGGACGGGACGGAGAAGCCUGUAGAGGCCUGGUGUGAGCAUGACGUGGACAGAGGCGGCUGGACGCUUAUCCAGAGGAGGAAGGACGGAUCGGUCAACUUCUUCAGAAACUGGGACAGCUAUAAGAAAGGCUUUGGCAGUGUGGAUGGCGAACAUUGGCUGGGUCUGGAAAACAUCUACAACCUGGGCAAGCAGGAGGAUUACAAGCUGCUGGUGGAGCUGGAGGACUGGAUGGGGAAAAAGGUUUACGCGGCGUACAGCAGCUUCCACCUGGAGCCGGAGAGUCAGUCGUACCGCCUGCGUCUGGGCACGUACCAGGGCAACGCUGGAGACUCUUUAACCAGCCACAACGGCAAACAGUUCACUACGCUGGACCACGACAACGACGCCUUCUCAGGGAACUGUGCUCAUUUCCACAAGGGCGGCUGGUGGUACAACGCCUGCGGUCAGACCAAUCUGAACGGCGUGUGGUAUUCAGGAGGAGUGUAUCGCAGCAGGUUUCAGGAUGGCAUCUUCUGGGCCGAUUACGGAGGUGGUUUUUACUCCAUGAAGUCUGUGCGUAUGAUGAUCAGACCCAUUGACUGACGCAUGAGCGGAUCGCUCUUACUGAUCUGAGACAGAUCAUCCUUCAAGUUCAUCAGGGUCCAGCGGGAAACAUCAUGAAAUCAGUGAUGCUUUCAUUUGUCCUUAUGCUUCUUCAGGUUUUAACCAGUUUGUAUUAGUAAUGUUUGGGGUUUACUUGUUUUACAAAUUAUUUGACAGAGAGAUGAAAGAAUGUCAUCACUAUUUUGUAAUUAAAUUAAAAUAAAACAAAAGAGAUUUCUAACAUCUGUGAAGACUAUUAUGAGCUUUCCACCAAGAAAAAAAAGUAGUUGCCAUUUGGAACAAAAUAACGUUCCCAUAAUGUUUGAAGAAUGUUGAAAUGGAAUGUUCCCUUAACGUUCACAUAACCAAGAAAAAACGUUUUUUAAACAUUUAAAAAAAUGUGUAAGUUUAGAGAACAUUCAGAAAUAAGGUUUUCAUAAAUUAAUGGGAACAUUUGCAAAAUGUACUUGCAACUCAUUUUGUUAGCCGGAGAAGCAUUGAUUUCGUAACACAUCAUAACUCACAUCUUGACGUUCAUACUGUUCAUUCUCAUCAAACACAGAGAAUCUGGAAACGUCCAGACAUGAGCUUUAAUACACAUAUAUGUGAAAUGAAGCUGCCUGUAUGCCAGUUUCUCUCGUCUCCUGUCUGGAGGAAUCAGAGGUUAUUUUGGUGGCUUUAUAGAUGUAGGGAGCAGAAGAACAGAGCAAGCACAGAAGCACAAUGAGAAACAUAUUGCUGAGAUUCAGACGGCGCAGGGGAAAGUGGGUAAGAGGAGCCGCUGGGAUGGAAACUGGCCAAAUGUCUGUGGUUGUUGUGUGUUUUCCUUUUCCUCCAUCAGUCCAGCUACUGGCUAAUGCAUCAAUAUGUCUAACUGUAGUUGAUUAACUCUUGCUGAAUAAUCUGAUCCAACAACCACGGAAUAAAAUACAAAAACAUGC